AUGCCGCCUGUGGCGUUCAGCUGGGAGAUGCUAGGAGAAGAUGAUAGCCGUCCAUUGUAUGAUGAUGAGGAGGAUCCGAUGGAUGAAAUAUACUCCCUGCUGGGAACAGUUCCGCCUACGAAGCAAGAACUUCAAGAGCUGCCACUGUGUCGCAAUACCAACCAUGUGGGACUUUCGCCGGAGUUUAGAGAGAUUGGGGGGGUUGAGGAGGAGCUGAGCGCAGAUGGUGUGGUGGUGGGCAAUGGGGAUAUUUUUUGUCGUGAUUUGCAUCACGAUGGGGAGGGAAGGGUGCAUGACCCUUCAGAGCCGAGGUUGGCAGCACCAAUGGGGUCUGGGCUAGGCGGUGCUUUGACUGACUACUGUGCUGCAUCUGAUGCUACUGGGUUUGAUACGCAGCAGGAUGUGAUGGUGCUGCAGCAACUGCGCCAGCAACUGUGGCAGCAACAGAAGCAGCAGCAGCAGCAGCAGCAGCAGCAGCAGCAGCAGCAGCAGAGGCAGCGGCAAGAGCAAGAGCAAGAGCAGCUGUCAGAGCAACAAGUGACGGCGUUGCUGCUGUCGUUGACUGAUUCCUUCAUACAAAGCAACAACAGAGCAUGCACCAUCACUGGUGUAAUGCACCCCGCCUCAGACAUGCUUGAGACCUUCUUUGAAAAUCUCCCUGCCACUCUCCCUGCCACUCUCCCUUCCACUCUCCCUGCCACUCUCCCUUCCACUCUCCCUUCCACUCUCCCUUACACUUUCCCUCCCACUCUCCCUUCCACCCUCCCUCCCACUUUCCCUUACACUCUGCCUUCCACUUUCGCUCCCACUUUCCCUCCCACUUUCCCUCCCACUCUCCCUCUCACUCUCCCUCCCACUUUCCCUCCCACUUUCCCUCCCACUCUCCCUCUCACUCUCCCUGAAGCCCCCUUUCCUUUUCCACUUGACCCAGCCAUCGGCCCUGACACGCAGGUGAAAUGGCAGAAUUGGCUGCCCUCUGCUAUGGACACACAGUUACCUGCAGUGACUUCCGAUUUGAUGCAAAGGUGCCCAGCUGUGUGUGCCUCAGAACCCCUGACAGCCACCAGCCUUGGUGCGCUCAUGAAUCCGCGGAAGCGCCCAGCCUCUGCAAUGGAUGCACAGCUGCCUGCUCCACCUGCGCAAGCCUGUGACCGAGCCUGUGCUCAAGCCUUUGCUCGUGUGGACCCUGAGACAAUGGCUGCACCAGAGGAGCUGCUUACCUGGAGCAGCAAACACUCGACCGGUUGCGGCACGAGCAUAUCCCGUUGGAACGAGCACCGCUCCCCUCGACUGCGUGCUUAUUCUUCUGAAGAGGUGAGGGAGAAGGUGGGAUUAAUGCUGCUGCAGAAGCAGCAGCAGCAGCAGCAGCAGCAGCAGCAGCAGCAGCAGCAGCAGGAGGUAGAUCCUCCCGGCUCUUCCAGCAAGUGCCAGCGCCAUGCUGUUCACACGCCAAUGCAAGCAGCAGCUCAGCCCUCAACCCCACACAUGCCACUCCUGACCGACAACUCACCCGGUGCAGCAGCAAUGGCUUAUGGGGGCACGCAGGCCGGGGGGCUGUGCUGCAUAGAUCAGCUUGCAGCGUUCCUGACCGCAGCAGAGCACGGAGUGAGUGGUGCAUUGGCCCAGCAGGAAAUGUCUGGGCCCUUGAUUCCUGCGCCAGUGUUUGCAUUCCUGGGGGGAGCGAGCACCGUCCGUGUUUCAGACUUUGUAGCCGUUGACGUGCAAAAGGAGUUACAGUCGUGGCUCGAAAGCACAGCUUAG